GUAGUGUGUGUUUAUAUGUGGGAGUUGGUUUGUCUGUCAUUCUCAUACUCUGCAACCUUAAAAUUGUGCUGUACAGUAUUGUCUUUAGUUUGCUUCUCUGACAUUUUCUUAAAAAUUAAAUUGCAAAACUGGAAAGUAAAAUGGCUUUGUGUCGGACUAUGAAAGAAAGUUUAUUGUUUAUAUUUUUUGUCUCACUGUGUCUAUUAUUCAUCUUUGUAAACAAAGGAGAAAUCAUUGUACCAGAAAUUAUGACCAGCACACAAGCACCAUUUAGUGGUGAAGUGACUCCGUAUGGCCAUGAACUCUAUAUUGGCCUUGGACUCUCCAUGUCUUCAUCUGUCUUCAUAGGAAGCAGCUUCAUCUUAAAGAAAAAGUCAUUAUUGGCCUUGGGGAAGUCUGGUGGUACUAGAGCAGGUGCUGGAGGAUAUGGGUAUCUCAGACACUGGCUCUGGUGGGCUGGACUUCUCUCUAUGGGAUUUGGAGAGGCACUCAAUUUUAUAGCAUAUGCAUUUGCUCCAGCAACUCUGGUCACACCCCUCGGAGCUCUGUCUGUGAUUGUGACAGCUCUCUUGUCCCAGUACUUCUUAGGAGAAAUUCUAAAUGUGCUUGGAAAAGUGGGAUGUUCCCUUUGUCUGCUGGGAGCCACUGUGGUGGUCAUUCAUGCUCCCAAAGAGACUGAAGUAACCAACAUGGAGGAUUUGGCUGCCAAACUCGUAGAUCCAGUGUUUAUGGUUUAUGUUGCGCUGGUGAUUGCUGCAGCACUUGCACUAAUAUUUCACUUUGGUCCUCGGUAUGGAUCCCGUAAUGUAAUUAUUUACAUUGCUAUCUGCUCCCUCAUUGGUGGAUUUUCAGUGCUAGGUUGCAAAGCCAUUGGCUUGGCUGUAAAGGAAACCAUAAGUGGUAAAAGUGAAUUUAGUAACUUGAUCACCUGGUUCUCACUGCUGAGUCUUAUCAUCUGUGUCAGCACUCAGAUGAACUAUUUAAAUAAGGCUCUAGACAUCUUCAAUACAUCGUUGGUGACACCCAUCUAUUAUGUAUUCUUCACGGCCUGUGUCAUCCUCUCAUCAGCAAUGCUCUUCAAGGAAUGGAAGGGUCUGCCAGCCAAAGAUGUCAUAGGUGUUUUGGCAGGGUUUUUCACUGUUGUCAUUGGCAUCUUCAUUCUACAUGUAUUCAAGGAUAUGGAAGUCACAUGGGUGGGCAUGACUUCCCUGCUGACUGCCCAAAACUCAGGAGAGUCAAGAAGGAGUAGUUCAGAUCAACCAGAUGCUGUUAAUGACAUAACCCAACUAGCAGAGGAAGAAGAAGGACUCAUUACAUCAGAACCUCUUUCCUAUGGAUCCAAUAAGCGUGUUUACUAAAAUUAAAAUAAAUAUACAAAUAUAGCUGUUGGCAUUUAAAGGAUGUUGUGGGGACAACAAUGUCUCUUUAUUGGCACAUGCAGCAUAUAAAGAUCUUGUCAUUGAUUGUUUUAAGAUGAUCUUGCUUUCAUAUUUUCAUAUUGAAAGGCUUAAAGAUAUACAGUAG